GCUUGUCAUUCGCAUACAGAAUUUUACAGAAUUGAAUGUGUAUACAGCUGAAUUUUUUUCGAUAGCUUUCCAAUUGUCCAAAAAUUUUGAUGUAAAUACAUGGGCGAAAAGAACAUUAAAAACAAGCUUGUAUAUAUUGGUCAAAAUUGCAUUAUAAUUCGCCAGUAACAAGAGAAGGUCAUUCUUUGUGAAUUAUCAAAAAAGCAACUAUGCGAAUGUACGACAAACAUGGUCAUAACAAAAUAAGUUUUGAAGAUUUUAAUUACAUUGUGUCAGAAAAGUUAAACAAACGAAAUCCUAUAGACGAAAUUAAAUUUGUAUUCAAGUUGUUUACAAAUAAUUCUGUAAAUAAUGAAAUAACGUUAGAAGAUUUACAAACAUUGAAUACGAAGCUUGAUUGUAAUCUUACUUUUGAAGAAAUGGAGCUUAUGAUUAAAGAAUUUGACUUGAACCAAGAUGGUUCUAUCAAUGAAAGUGAAUUUAUAAAUAUUAUGAUGGACUAUGAAAUUUGAGUGAAUUGUGUACAUCGUUGCAAACAUCUUUGUUAACACUCAAUCACAAUGAAUUUCGGUAUCAAUUGGGAAGAGGAACAUCGGCGAACAUUAUUAGAAGGCAAUGCAGCAUUAGCACGUUCUGCACAAUCUGUUGUCAGAUCUCAAGCCUUGGCCAUUGAAAAUGAACAAAUUGGUACAGAGGUGAUUUCUGAAUUGGGUGAACAAAGAGAAAGAUUGAUACGAACAAAAAGAAGAUUAUCACAAACAGAUGAAGAGUUAGAUAAAACUAGAAGAAUACUUAAUGUUAUGCGGAGAAAAGUUUUAAUGAAUAAAUUUGUAUUAAUCCUAAUUAUACUGUUAGAAAUAGCUAUUCUCGGUAUUAUUGUAUAUUUAAAAUUUUUUCAUUAAUGGUACAAUAUCUUAUUUUUUUUAAUUAAUA